AUCACAACAGCCAUUCCUACAAGUCAAGCAAGCUAGCCAGUCCUCCACACACAUACACAUACACAUACACCCAACACCCAAGACUCAAUACACACUCACACAGUCAUGUCAGCCAUCAAGACCCUCUUGUUGAUCUCCGCCCUCGGUGUCGGUGCCAUCCAAGCCAUUUGCACGCUUCACAUCCAGCUGUACCAGCCCACUGUCAACGAUAUUUGCGUAUUUGACUUUCCAGACUGUGCCAACUUUACUUCAGAGAAUGCCUCAUCAUUUGGACUUGAUGUUGCCUUUGACUACCCGACUGACACCCCUAUUCACCGCCAAAAGACAACGUCACAAGAGGCACAACUGUUCAAAGCAGUGUAUGGCAAGCAGCUUUUGGGGUGCUAUGACUAUGGUACUGCUACAACGACCUACAUCAGACAAUAGAACCUACUGAUGGGUUAAAAAAAGAAAAGAAAAGAAAAGAAAAAAGAAAAAGAACCUGUAAUAAUAAAUAAACUCUUGCU